AAAGACAAGAGAGGCUUUGGCUGGCUUUGGAUCCAGAAAACAGCUGCUGAUUAGAGUCUGCGUCUUCGGGCUGAAUUUAUUACAUAUUUUUCAGCAGCAGGGAUUCUAGGAGGAAGCUUCCGUUUGGGUUUCUUGAUCGUGGUUUAUUUUUAUUCAGAGGAAUAACAGAGGAAGGAUUUGUUCCGGCUGGAGCAUGCUCACAACCUGCAAGACCUCCCAUUAUUAAACUGCCUACUUUGGGCUUUAAUAUCCAUGUGGUAUUUUUUUGAUUUUUAUUAGCGUUAUUAUUAUUUGGCAGCGUGCAUCAGUCUAUUUUUUUUAUUUUAUUUUUUAAAUAAUUUAUUCGGAGAGGAAGCUGAUCUCGCAAUGAGCUUUCUCCUUCCUUACUUGAAACAGGUGCUAAUGAAAGAAUGCAAAUAGCACCGGCUGAGCCGAACAUUUCAUAAAGAAGGGAACAGCCACCGACCCCAAGCGCUCCGGGAUCUGCCCGCUGGCCCCCGGCAAAGGCACCCUUUUCCUAUGAACACCUGAGUCUCCUCCACCUCUCAGAGGAUGCACCUGUAGCAGCUUUCCCACAGCGCGGCAGAAGAUCCCCCCGGAGCCGCGGGGUCCAGCCUGGCGCCGGCAGAGCCAUGGGGGCGAGUGCAGACCAUUUCUACAAUUUAUCAAGACCAUUUCGACUCCUAAUCCUGGUUCUGAAGCACCUGCAGCCUGUCCCAGCCUGGUAUCUGCAGCAAUUUUAAAAUGUGGGAAAUACUUUUCCAAGGCUUUUGAACUCCAAAGUGGAACAGAAGGAAGACACAGGGGGACAUCCACAGUUCAGUGUUAUUUUCCUUGCACAGGAGAGAGAGAGAAAGGAAAAAAGAAAGGAACUUUCUGAGAUGAGCACUAAAGUCUCAAGUUUUCAAAGGUUUGCAUAACAAACAAGAGACACAUUGUGGGUUGCAUCUUGACUUUGAAGGCUUGCCACUGUCAACUGAAAUAAAAUGGCAAGGUUUAAAGCCUUAACCAAGUUCACAAGGAAAAUAUUUGGACUGAAAGUUUUGGAAAGUUUUCUCUCUUUGAAGUAGUUUGUCAUGUGUUACCAAUGUGAACUUUAUUGACCUUGAAACGUUUUUUUUUUUGAAUCAAAUAGCAACUAGUGACACUUUAGUAAAAUCUUAAAUCAACAACCAUCUCCUGGCGGCUCCAGCUUCGUAGCAAAUGCAGGCAAAACAGGGAAUCUACAGAGGAGACCUUUAUUAUUCCUAAAUGAAGCCUGCCAAAACCUUCCCAAAAUAGCAUUCAAAGACCCUUUUAAGGUCAUGGAUCCUGAACAAAGCCAGAAGAGCACAAAAAAGGCUGAGGAAAGUCCAAGAAAGAGGCUUCCCAAAGGAGAGGCUUUCCAAGGCAGUAUUUCAUCCCCAACUACGUACCAAGGCAGCUCUGCUCCUUCCCAAGGAACCCCUCUCCGAGACAUCAUCUCGCAGCAGCACUUUUCCGGCUCUUUGCCCGUUCCACGAGAGGAGCCUCAGGAGAAGCCUGGCCACCAGAAACAACCCAAGCCCUCCUCCUUUGACCACCCCGCCCACAUCCCGCAGCUUCAGCAGCACGCACUGGCACCAGCAUUUAUGUCCCCGGGGAAGCCGGAGCAUGUCCUGGAAGGUCCCACGUGGCAGCUAGUUGAUCCAGUCAGGCCAGGGCCCUCUGGCUCCUUCCCGUCUGCCGGGCUGCACGCCCACCACGGCCAGCUCCUCCCGUCCCACUCAUCCAUCAUUCCCGCAGAGGACAUGCCGGCCGUGCAGAAGGUCUUCAUCCCCCGCCCUGCCCAGGUGUCCCUGAAGCAAGCUGAGGAGGUGCACAAGAAGGAGAAGAAGCCCCAGAAGCCUGGCAAGUACAUCUGCCAGUACUGCAGCAGGCCCUGCGCCAAGCCCAGCGUGCUCCAGAAACACAUCAGGUCCCACACGGGCGAGAGGCCCUACCCUUGCAUUCCAUGCGGCUUCUCCUUCAAGACCAAGAGUAAUCUGUACAAACACAGGAAGUCCCAUGCUCACCGGAUCAAAGCCGGGCUGGCCUCAGGGAUCGGAGCAGAGAUGUACCCGUCGAGCCUGGAGAUGGAGCGAAUCGGUGGGGAGGAGUUCGAGGAGCCGACAGAAGGGGAGAGCACGGACUCGGAAGAGGAGACGGCGACAAUGUCGGGGCACGCCGUGGAGCUGUCACCCAGGCAGAAGCACACCCUGCUCUCCAGCAGCCUGCUGAGCGCGGGGAGCCAAGGCUCCAGCCACGACCGCUGCUCGUUGUCCCAUUCCAGCAUGUCCCAGUCCCUCGAGGACAGCUCCCAGUUUGUGGAGCCGUCGUCAGAGCACGCCCUGAGCCAUAAGUCCGAGGACACCCACACCAUCAAGCAGAAGCUGGCGCUGCGCCUGAGCGAGCGCAAGAAGGUGAUCGACGAGCAGGCGUUCCUGAGCCCCGGCAGCAAAGGCAGCACGGAGUCUGGGUACUUCUCCAGAUCCGAGAGUGCGGAGCAGCAGAUCAGCCCUCCCAACACCAACGCCAAAUCCUACGCCGAGAUCAUCUUCGGGAAGUGUGGGAGGAUCGGGCAGAGGACGGCGGCGCUGGCUGCAAACACAACCCAGGGGUUCCCACACCUGUCAGGUGAUGAGAAGCCCAGCAUGGUCCCAUUGUCUGUGCCUAGAACACAGGUGAUCGAACACAUCACUAAGCUAAUUACCAUUAACGAAGCUGUUGUGGAUACCAGUGAAAUCGACAGCGUGAAGCCCAGAAGAAGCUCUCUUUCGAGGCGUAGCAGCAUUGAAUCCCCAAAGUCUGGUGCGUACAGAGAACCGUUUCAGUUCGAUAUCAAGUCUGGCUCCAGCAGCCAGCUGGAUGCAGCGAAAGUGUUGGCGUCCCACGGUGAAAAAAUGAAGCCCGAACAAUCAUUGUUGUCACUUCAGCAAUCCCACAGUGCCACAGAGACAGUGCCUCUCCUAAGAAGCCACUCAAUGCCUUCUGCUGCAUGCACUAUAAGCUCCCCACACACCUUUAGAGGUAGCUACUCAUUCGAUGAUCACAUCACGGAGCCGGAAGUCUUAAGCCGCAGCCAAGCAUUUUCCUCCCACCCUCGAAUGCUAAAACGCCAACCAGCUAUUGAGCUACCCUUGGGAGUGGAGUACGUCUCGGAGGAGCUCGGCUCUGCCAGCAAAGAAACUGUACCCAAACCUCCCGAGGAGCCUGAAACCAAGGAAAGCGAUCUUACCAAAAAGUCCCGCAAGGGCCCGAAGGGGAAAGGGUUCAUGUACGAGUGCAACGUGUGCGGCGCUCGCUACAAGAAAAGGGACAACUACGAGGCCCACAAGAAGUACUACUGCUCAGAACUGCAGCUCUCCAAGCCCCGCUCUGCCACGUCCCACACCUCCUCAGAGCCAGAGAAGAGCGCGGCGGAUCCCGACGUGUGGCCCCAGAUGAUGCAUUACAAGCUGGGCAGCACCUUGGAGCUCACCCCGCUGCGCAAGAGGCGGAAGGAGAAGAGCCUGGGGGACGACGAGGAACCUCCGUCUUUCGAAGUGUCUGACACCCCCUCCUCCAGCACCGGCCCAAGCACUCAGUUUGCAAACCUGGCAUCGUCUGAGGUGGCUCUAAACCUGACCCGUGAAUCCAUGAAGUCACCAGCAGACUCGGGAAAAUCCGCACCUUCCGAGGCCAGUGCCAGCUUCCAUUCCAGGAACACCAAACCAGCUUCAAGCGCGGAGGGCAAGGAGAGGAGAACAACCUCCAAGGAGAUCUCUGUCAUCCAGCACACAAGCUCCUUUGAGAAGUCAGACUCCAUCGAGCAGCCCAGCAGCUUGGAAGAGGACAAGCCCCUGUCCCAGUUCCCAUCUCAGCCCACGCCCCAGCACAGCCGCCCCCCUCACUCCCUGCAGCCCAGGCUGGUCCGCCAGCCCAACAUUCAGGUCCCUGAGAUUCUGGUCACGGAAGAGCCGGACAGACCAGAAACAGAGCCAGAACCUCCUCCGAAGGAGCCAGAGAAAACCGAGGAGUUCCAGUGGCCACAGAGGAGCCAGACUCUUUCCCAGCUCCCUGCGGAGAAGCUCCCACCCAAAAAGAAGCGGCUCCGGCUGGCAGAAAUGGCCCAGUCCUCCGGGGAGUCCAGCUUUGAGUCCGUCUCUCUCACCCGGAGCCCCAGUCAGGAAAGCAGCCUCUCCCACGGCUCCAGCCACUCCAUCUCCUUUGACCGGGAUGACCACACCAAGCCAGAGUCGAGUAGCCAGCCCUCCGAAUCCCACCCAAAACCUCCUGGCGUUGGCUCCCAUAUGCUGAUGGUCCCCAGCCACCAUCACCAUUCCAGGGAAAUGCGGAGAUCUGCUUCCGAGCAGACACCCAAUGUGUCCCACCCUUCCCAGAUGUCAGAGACUCGCAGCAAAUCCUUCGACUACGGGAGCUUGUCGUCCACUCCUGCCUCCACCCCCGGCCCCUCCACCUCCUCGGCUCCUCAGGAGAGGAGGAAAUGCUUCCUGGUGCGGCAGGCGUCCCUCACCAGGCACCCCGAACACGAGCCAGACCUGGCCCCACUGGGCUGGCCAGACACGGAGGAUCCUGCUCCUUCUUCAAGUAAAUCUCCUGCCACCAGUUUGCCCCAUCAGCCGACCACGUCCUCUCCUUUGCCUUCUCACGGCACCUACCCGAGUGACAAGAGCCAGCCAAAGGACAGCCCCGAGCCAUCCUACAGCCCGCCAUACACAGAGGCUCUGCAGGUGUUCCACCACCCUGUGCCACAGCUGACGCUGCACGAGAAGCACUUCAUGGCCCCUCAGGUUUCCAUAUUCCCCUACCAGCACCUCCUGCCGCAGCCGGGGCAGUCUGCAGAGCUCUUUGCCGCACACACCAUGUCUGACAUCCUCUCUGCCCAGUUCUCCAUGCCUCAGAUCCCUCCUUCCAUAUUUCAGACCCCGCCGCUGCCCCUCCCGCAGACGCUCAUCCACCCGGGCCCGCUCCACAUCGCUCCUCCCUUGAUGUCUCACCCCGCUGAGAUGUCCUUCAGGCACCCUUCGUUCCUGCCUGUGCACUACCCUGGCUCCUCCCCGAUCCCCUCAGCCUUCUUCCUGCCUCUCCAGUCUCAGUUUGCCCUCCACUUGCCAGGUGAUGCUGGUGGACAUUUGCCACAGAUCAAAUCCAGUUUGUUCUCAGCAGCAGGAAGCUCCAGCCUGUCCCCGUGCACAGAUUAUGACUCGGACAGCAGGUUGCACCCUCUGACCUGCGCAGCGAGUCCCGCGCUCUCUGUCACCGUGACCCAGCUCGUUGUCCCCACCCGGACAGAGCCCAUGGUGUCCCUGGUUGUCCCCGUCCGCAUCCAGACCAACAUGCCCUCCUAUGGCAGCGCCAUGUACACCACGCUCUCCCAGAUCCUGGUCACACAGUCCCAGUGCAGCUCCUCCACCAUCGUCCUCCCCAAAUUUGAUGACCGCCAGCCCAAGGGCGCCCUGGUGUGCAGCGCUGAUGUCCAUGGGCUGGGGUUUGACCUGGCCCAGAUGAUCACAGAGGAGCAGAGAAGCCUUUUCCAGAGCCCAUACCUGAGAGUUCCCCUGCCCUUGCCGGAAAGAAAGGGCUACAUGCCCCUCACCUGCCCCUCAGACAGCAUCCUCGGCCUGGAAGGGGGCCCCUCCACAGUUGGGGGCAGCAAAAGGAUGCUGUCCCCAGCUGGCAGUUUAGAGCUGACCAUGGAGACACAGCAGCAGAAGCGAGUGAAGGAGGAGGAAGUGUCUGAAGCAGAGGAGAAGCUGGAAGUGGUGAAGCCACCCAGUGCAGUAGAGGAAGCGAAAAAGCAGGAUAAAUCUCACUUCCUUGCGGAAAGCCAAGACAGGGUGGAGGUUGAGACACCACCCAGCGUGUCCGUGGAGCAGUCGGAGCCAAAGGAAACCCCGAGCAGUUCCCAGCAAGCAGCGUCCCGGCCGGGUUCCCCCAGCUUUGAGGCACUGCAGGAGUACGAGCAGCCAGCUGGCAAACAGUUCCUCAGCCAGGAGCCUCUGCAGCCCGUCAAGAAGGAAGACUCCAAAGAACUGGUGGAGCAGCCUCCACCAACCCCUGCCAGCACUGCCCCCGUGCCUGAGGGUGCCGCCAGUGCGGGGAAGGCUCGGGAAGGCACCGACACCAAGAAGGUCCUGCAGUUCCCCAGUCUCCACACAACCACUAAUGUCAGUUGGUGCUAUUUAAACUACAUCAAGCCAAAUCACACCCAGCAAGCAGAUGGGCGCUCCUCGGUGUACUCCAGCUGGUGCAUCAGCCUCUACAACCCCAACCUGCCCGGGGUGUCCACCAAGGCAGCCCUGGCCCUGCUGAGGUCCAAGCAGAAGGUGAGCAAGGAGAUCUACACCAUGGCCACCGCGCCGCGGCCUGAGGCGGGCAGGCUGGUCCCGGCCGGCUCCAGGAAGCCCAAAAUGACCGAGGUUCAUUUGCCUUCGCUCCUUUCUAAUGAAGGUCGAAAAGAUAUAACUAGAGCUGAGAAGGAAGAGGAGAAAAGGGGAAAAUCAGAAGAAGAGGCUCUUGUGACCAAGCGAGGGGAGCCGGUGAGGAUCAAGAUCUUUGAAGGAGGGUACAAAUCAAACGAAGAGUAUGUGUAUGUGCGAGGCCGUGGAAGAGGGAAGUAUGUUUGUGAGGAGUGUGGAAUUCGCUGCAAGAAACCCAGCAUGCUGAAGAAACACAUUCGCACGCACACAGACGUCAGGCCGUACGUCUGCAAGUACUGUAACUUUGCUUUUAAAACCAAAGGGAAUCUGACUAAACACAUGAAGUCAAAGGCCCACAGCAAAAAAUGUCAGGAGCUGGGCGUGUUGGUAUCUCCACCGGUGGAUCUGGAAGCCGAGGAAGGAACCAGUGAAGACCUUUUCCAGGACUCUGAGGGGCGGGAGGGAUCUGAGCCCAUCGAGGAACACCAGUUUUCAGACCUCGAGGAAUCUGACGACGACGACGACAACGAGGACGAGGAAGACGAGGAGGAAGAGGAGAGCCAAGACGAGCCAGCGCCGAAGCUGCCGGAAGGCAAAGCUGGCACCCUCCUGCUGCACUCCUCAGGUGGCUCCCCGUCCUCUCCAGAGGAAGGCACCCGAACAUCCCCAGCUCAAGAAGCUGCCUCCAGCACCCCAAAAGCAGGGGAAGGCCAGCAGGCCUCCUCCUCCUCCUCCUCAGGGCUGGAGAGCAAGUGGUCAGCAGACAGCAGUGACGUUGCUGUGUGCCACAGCUUCCUGAGCCUCCACAGACCAGCUCUGACCUCCACCGAGCACUUGGCUCCUGCUGAGAGAGAAUCUGUCACCAGGCCACAGAUGUCCUUGGUCAUGGACCUGUCGACCUCCAAAGACACCUCCCCGAGGAAAAGGUGGUCCCCGAGCCAGGAGGGUGGCAGAGGGGGUGGCAGCAGCAGCAGCAGAGCAGUGCUGGCGAGGAAGCACUUACUGACCAAAAACGAAACGUCCCCCAAACGCUUCUCCCCCACAGCAGAGCUGUCCCCCCUGAGGUGCCUGUCCCCAGGGAGGGGGCUGUCCCCCUGCCAGCGCCUCUCUCCCAGGAGGGAGGUGUCUCCCCUGAGAUGCGUGUCCCCAAGGCUCGAGCUGUCGCCCAGCAGGCACCUGUCCCCUCAGAGGGAGCUGUCCCCGAGGACAGCCCUUCCCCCUGAAGGAGAAGUGGCCCCUGCCAGGCACUCGUCGCCCAGCAGAGAGAUGGCAUCCCUGAGGUACUUCUCCCUGAAGAAAGUCUUGUCUCCAGGCUGCUUGGAGCUGGCCAGGUAUCCACCCCCUGGCAAAGAGGACUUGCCUGGCACGAGCAAAUCAGCAGAGGACAAAGUUCCAAGCUCAUAUCAAGCCCAGCCCGGAAUAUUCUCUUCGAUGCCUCUACCUCACAGGUUCUUUGGCAAAAACUUACAGCUCUACGAGUCCAAGCUGAAGAUGGAACCCCACAGCCCGCCCUGCUCUCCCGGCACCCCGCCGCCUGCGUGCCCCCGGCCCCUGCAGGCCCCUCACGACCUCCACGCUCCCGGCCGAGGGGAGGAGAAUGUCUUCAGCCACCUCCCGCUGCACUCGCAGCAGCUCGCCAGGACCCCGUACCCCAUGAUCCCCAUCGGGGGCAUCCAGAUGGUGCAGGCCAGGCCCAGCUCCCACGCCAGCCUGGUGCCCGGCCCCGUGCUGCCCCUCCAAGGCGGACACUUCCCCUCAGCCAGCGGCCUCGCCCAGCUCAGCCGGGCCGCCACGAGGGACGGGGAGCCCCAGAGCCCUCCAGAGCCCUCAUCGGUGUCCGUGUCCCCCGUGGCCAAGGUCUCCAAGUACACCCUGAGCCCGGAGCCGGCGGGUGGUGGCUUCUUGGAGGAGAAGAUGAGGACUAACGAGCUCCAGCAGGAGCAGGAGGAGCAUGGGCCUGCAGCAGAGGCCGAGCCCGCCCCAGCGGAGCAGCCGCGGGCCUCGGUGUCCCCAGGCAGCCCCAGCAGCCCCAAGGAGCCCCAUGUGGAGCCCUCGGCCAGCGGGGAGGAACCCUCCAAAGCCACGGGCAAGCAGCCAUCGGGCAGCUCGAGCACCCCUUCGGAACCAGCCUGCACUUUCAUCUCAGCCGUCCCCUCACUGGCCAGGGACAGCCCCUCAGAAGCCCCCCAUGGCCACCCCCAGGCCCCGCGCCCCAGGAACCUCUCCGGAGAGCCCGUCGGGAGCAGCCCUCACCCAGAGCACUCCGAUUUAGGUCAAACUCACAAAAAGGUGGAUGAAAACGCGGGAAGUACUUAAACCUCCGCCAGCUGUUCCACCUUUAGGCUUCCUCUGUAAAAUCAACAGACAUUUUCAACACUAUUUCCUUUAGUAUAAUCAUAAGAAGCACUCUAGUGAAUGACCAAACCCAUGGAAAAUUCCUGGUUUUCUUUGUCCCAGUCUGGUAUUAUCUCCACAUGUAUGCAGUUACUUGUGCCUUUUUCUAUACCUUUUGUUGCUUGAAAUGUACAAAACUGUUUGAGGCUGUGAAUAUUUUUUUAAAGUUUUUUGGAAAGGGGGUUUGUUAGACGUUGUCUUUUUUGCCAUUUAGGUGUGCGUAAUCCUGGGCCUGAGAGAUGCAGAAAGGAAAGGGUUAAGCAUUUUAAAGAGGAAGAAGAUGCACUGAAAACAAAAGCAAAACAGAAAAAAACCUUUUUUUUUAUAUUGCUUAAAUGAUUAAAAAAAAAAAAAAGAAAAAAACCCUAAACCCUUGCUCCUGUGUACAGAAGUUUAUGAUUCAUAUUUAUUACAUGCUUUAUUUAAUUCUUGCAAAGUGCUUGGAUUUUUUUGGUUUUCUUUUUCCUCGCAUCCCUAUGGUUGUGCUUUAAACAGUUGAAACUGCUUUACAUUUGAAAAAACGUGUUUACCCUGACCUUGUGACUGAAAGUAGCACUUCCUUGAGCAGGGGAGGUUCGUUGUGUGCAGGGAGAAAAAUUGUCCCUCGAAAAGAGGACGACAAACUGCGAGCACCCCUCCCUCCUGCAGAACCCAGCAAAGCACUUUUCUAAAAAAAAAAAAAAAAAAAGGGACAAAAAAGAACUAAAAAAAAAGAAAAAAAAAAUGUUCUUCUUCAAAGAUUUACCUGCGAGAAGGUAGGAAUGUAUGGAAUGUAGAGCCCGUGCCAGGAAGGGUCUCUCGCUGGACGAGCCUCCUGCUUGCUUUGCUUUAAUCCUCCUGCAGCGCCCGGCAAAGCCCUGCCUGGGCUGGGGGAGCCUCUGCAAACCCUCCCUUGGUGUCAAAGGGGGAGGAACUCAGCCUUGAAAACUUUUCUCCCUCCAGCAUGUUUGAGUUGUGGACAAGCUGCCUCCAUCCCAUCCCAUCCCAUCCCAUCCCAUCCCAUCCCAUCCCAUCCCAUCCCAUCCCAUCCCAUCCCAUCCCAUCCCAUCCCAAUCCAUCCCAUCCCAUCCCAUCCCAUCCCAUCGUGUCCUGUCUGUGCCAUCCCUUCUUCCCAUCCUCCCAUCCCAUCCCAUCCCAUCAUGUCCUGUCUGUACCAUCCCUUCUUCCCAUCCUCCAAUCCCAUCCCAUCCCAUCAUCCCAUCCCAUUCCACUCAAUCCCACCCAAUCCCUCCCAAUCCCAUCCCAUCCCAUCCCAUCCCACCCCAGGCUGCUCUGGGAUCUCCAGGGAUGCAGGAGGGCUCCAGGCUCUACUCCUCCUCUGGGGCUCUCGGUGCCUCUGGCUCCUGUUCUCACCUUUAUUUAUUUAUUGGCGUGGGACAUCCCCAGCUCAGCCCCUCUGGCAUGGACAGGCCCUGUUUUUGGCUGGUUUUGGGAGAUAAAAAUGUUAAUGCUGAAUGGUGAAUGCUUGCAAAAUCAGCUUGUUAUGCAUGCGCAGCAGCUUUUUCCAGAGCAGAUUUUUCAGGAUGGGCAUUCCUGGCAGAGCAAAGACCUGAACUGCCAAUAAAUCCGAUACCAAAUCCAGAGUGACCCCGACAGAGCCAUUCCUCUGUCACAACUUUUUAAACCACAAAGCUUCAAGUCGUUUGCCCCUGCAGGUUCUUUACUACUUCAGAGGGUUUUCUGGUCGAUGGAAUCUGUACAAACCUCUUUUUUUUUUUUAUUUUAACAAAAAAAAAAAAAAAAAAAAAAAAAGGAGAUAUAAAUAUUUAACCAGUGGACCAGUUCUUUCUUCUUUCAGAGCUGUUCCAGUUUAUCGGGUAUGUAAUACACUUUUUAAAAAAAAUAAAAAUACAAAAAAAAUAAUAAAAGUAAUCAAAUAAAAUCCUGAAUGAGAACAUAUUUCCUUGCCAGACUUGAUGAGCUACGAACUGUUCCCGUUUCACGGGCAAAGAAUAGAAAUUUUUUUAAUAAUCUUCUGUCAUUUUUUCUUUUCUUUUUUUUUUUUUUUUUUUUUUGCUCUUCUUGUAAAAGGAAUUAAGUCCAAAAAAAAAAAAAAAAAAAAAAAAAAAGAUAUCAUGGAAAUACCAUUAAGGCUGUGACACUGACCAAAACAACGUCCAGAACCCAUUUAUCCCCUAAUUAGCACUUUUAUCAGGUUUCCCUUUUUCCCAUCUCCCCCUUUUUUGGCCCCGAGCCUGGAAGCUGCUCCUGUUCUCAGAGGCAGAGCAGGGGCUGGAGCUCGGCUCUGUUCACUCGAGCUCUUAAGCACCGGUUUAAACCCUCCUCAGGCUUUAAGUGCGUCCUUAAUCCGCGCUUAAUCCCGGGGUGAGUGGGAGUGGAGUGCUCGGCCGGGGCUGGUGUGAGCAUCCCUGGAAACCACCCAUGAAAUCGAGAGAUUUCCCCGAUUUCGGUCACUUUCUGCCCAUUGUCACACUCUUAACUUGAUCCAAGGUAGCUUUAUGUAUUUAAUUUUACAUAUAUAUAUAUAUAUAUAUAUAUAUAUAUAUGUAUGGUACAUGAAAUACUGCAGCAGCUGUGUCUGGUUUUUUGGUGCAUUUGCCGCGAGUUUUGGGCUAGAUCAAAUCUGCUCAGCUUCUUUCUGUAACUGCAUUUCAAUCUUUAAUCUAUUUAAACUUUCCGUGGAUUUUUUCCCCCUCUGUCUUUUGUGGGAAGAGGAGGAGGGAAAAGAGCCGAAGAAAACCCUGAAGUCUUUACAUUGGUUUAUUGAUGAUUUUGUUAUCGUUGUUGUGGAGGGUUAUUAUUGUCAUUAUCAGGAUUUUUAAGCUUUCCCAGCACCUCGAAGCUUUCUGCAUCUCAGCUGCGGAGCAUCGGGGCAGUUUGUGUGUAGCCAUCCCGAUCUUUUCACCCGGGGCCAAAAAAUAACCCAGGAAAAGGAGUUUGGGAAAGGGCUGAGGUGCUCCCGGGGACAUUCCCUGCCCGGAUCCCCUCCCCAUCCCCGGCAGCCCCGGAGCGGGGCAGGCAGGGACCGCCGAAAACUCAGGAGAUGGGCACACAAAAAUCUGAGUCCCAACCCAGUUUGGCUUCUCUGGCUGGGGUGAAAUGGUGCUUCACGCUGUACCCAAGGGGCGAGAAGGCUCCCCCCAAAAAAUAACUCCUUGCUAAUUAAGGGCUAAUGGUCGCACUGCCAGCUCAGAGCUCCGCGGGAGGGACCCGCAGCACCAGCACCAGCAUCUCUGGCUGCGGGCACACGAGUGUGUCCCUCUGCCCCGUGCUCGGCCGAGGAGCGCAGCAAUGUCACUCCCGGGGUUUUUAUAGGGCUGGGUGUCGCCCCCAGCCCUCAGCGGUGGCUGCCGUUCCCAGCCGGAUCCCUUUUGGUCCCCCUGUGUCACCCUCGGUGGGAGCUGAUUGCUGGUCACAGCUUUUCGUGUCGCUCUGAAUGUCUGUUCUGCCUGCAAAUCAGGGAUGGAAAAUCCCUUUUUGCUUCCCACAAGGGCUGCAAGGGUGGCUUUGCAGAGCAAUUAGUGGGAUAAUUUACCAGAGAAUGUAUUAAUAAUGUAAAUGAAGAAGCAGAGCCCAGCCCUUCCUGUUCAGCAGCAGGUGGAAAUAAAAUCCCCUGCUUUUCUCACGGCAGAGCUUCUCCAAUUUAUAAUCCAUGAGGGCACGGCCUGGCUGCUCCUGUGGUGUGGCUGCUCCAUCAGCCCCAAUCCCACGGGGAUAUUCCACUGAUUAUUUUCACAGAUAUUUCACCCUGCUGAGCUGUUUGGGUGGCUCCCAUCUGUGCAGCUCCUGGAUCACACAGGGAUGCUCUGGAGCCAGAAUUCCUCCUGCACACAGAGGACUUGGCCCAAGCUCUGGGAUCACUCCCUGCCUGUGUUCUUAUACCAGGACUGACAUCCAGAGCUCAGAAAGCUCCUGGACCUCAAUCUUGAGCACUUUUGGAGUUUCAGCAACUCCUUUGUGCUGCAGCAGGGAUUUAGCUCCUAAAUUGAGCUUGGGGUCUUGAGCAGACCAUGGGAUGAGGAGAGGGCUCCCCAAAACCACCCCAUCCUCGAGGCAGAGCUCUGCCAGCUCAGAUUAUGGCCAGUUCCUUGGCUGGAUACCCAGGAGCUGCAGCAGGGAACAAAUCCAUAAUGAAACAGCUGUAAAUGUCCAGCUUCCCGCUGAGAAAUGCAGUUCCUCACCUGCUCCCAAGGGUGACAUCCCAGCCCUGGUGUCCCCAAUGUCCCAGCAGUCCCAAGCCCUGCUCUGAUCCCAAAUUCAGCCCAGUUCUGCUGGGACAGGGCAGGUAAUUCCCACCCAGAGCAUCCCAAAUCCUUCCUGCCAGGGCUGGGGCUCUGCCUCUCCCUGCCCAACAAAUCUGCAGCUUUCCCUGCCUUGGGUUUUGGCCAAAAUCCACAAGGACAGCACCUGAACAAGCAAUAUCCUUGGAGAAAUCAUUCAAAUUGUCCCAGUUUCCGUGCAAAAUCCUCCAGGAUUUGAUCUAGCCCUUCCCUGCUCUCCUUGUUUUUCCUCUGUUCAUCAUCUGCUUUUUUUUUUUUUCUUUCCUUUCCUUUUAACAUUUCUGUCUAUUGCACAGUAUUUACAAAUAAAACCAUAUUGUAAGUUAUUUACAAAAAAAAAAAAAGAGAAAAAAAGAAAAAAAGGAAAAAAAUAAACUAAAAAACAUCAGUCCUGGUGGCAUAAAACCAAUCUGUUUUCAUUACUGAGAUAUGAUGGCACUUACGAUCACUUUAGUAAAUGUAAUGUAAAAAAUAAUUAAUAAUAAUAAUUAAUAAUAAUAAUAAUGUGUACGCAAAUUUAAUAUACAUGGUCUCAUGUAAGAUAAAUAUUUGCCUUUUUUUCUAAAAGGUGUAUGUAUUCUGUAAGUGGAAUAGUCUGUAGAAAGUUUCUAUAUGUUCUUAAAAUGGCAAUACAUUCCAAAAAAUGGUACUGUAAAUAUGUACAGCGUCCAAUGGAAUUUGGUAGUUUUGCCUGUAAUUUUAUUUGAAUUCCAGUUUCUACACUUGCAUCUUGCAAUGUCUGUAUGGUUAUAUCAGUGCAAAAAAAAAAUGCAGGUAAAAAGCACAGUCUGAUGUAAAAACAACAAAAAAACUGAACAAAAAUCACACAAAAAACAAGAAAACAAAAAAAAAAAAAAAAGAAAAAUACUCAGUAUUUGAUGUUUGUGACCCUUAUUGUAAAUGACAUCUGUACUGUGAAUGAGAAGUUUUUACAAGUAUAAUAUUGCCUUUACUACAGCUCAGAUUGUCUGCUCGGUCUGGGCGUAUUUUUAAAAAAACAGCAUGUUGGAAUAAAUUUUAAAGUCCCAACAUA